AUGGCACAGACGCCAAACCGCAACCGCAACCGCAGACGCAGACGCAGACGCAGCAAAGACACCGGCGCCCGGACUGCGCGAGGCAGGAUCAAGCAAAGAGCAAGAAAGAGAUCACAGCAAGCAGGAUUCUCGGAGAUACUACCUCCAUGGAGAUGGCUUCUUCGUCCGCGCCGAGCACGUCCUACUACAACAUCUCCCUGGCGCAGGCGGUGCUGACGCUCUCCAUCAACGCCAUCCUCGUCUGGCUCUCCGCCGUCAUCAAGUCCUCCGCGGCCCGCCGCUCCACGACCGCCCCCAGCACCGCCACACCUCCAUCUCCGCCGCCGGCGAGGACCGCCACCGCGGCCGUCGUCGACAUGGACGUGGUGCUCGGGGUGAUGGGCGCCGACGCGUUGUCGGUGGGGUUCGAGGAGGCGGCGGCGCUGUUCGAGGAGGAGGAGGCGAGCGUGGAGGAGGCCCAGGCAGCGUUCGGAGUGUUCGACCGCGACGGCGACGGGUUCAUCGACGCCGGGGAGCUCGGGAGCGUGCUCAGGUCGCUCGGGUUCGACGCCGGCGUCGCCGCCGCGGAGUGCGAGCGCAUGAUCGACGCCUACGACGAGGACAAGGACGGCAGGAUCAACUUCCACGAGUUCCUCAAGCUCAUGGAGAGGAGCCAGUGAAGUGGAUCGGAUACGACCGCCGGACCGGAUGAUUUGGUGUGAAAAAAAAAAUAUUUCUUUGUUCAUUCGUUCUAUUGUUUCUCUUGGCCGCAAUGGAGCCGAAUGGUGCGAUGCAUACCCGAAAUCUAGAGUAUUGAUACAUCAAAUCCAUGUAUCAAUUGUUUGGUCCUCGCAGAGCUCAGCGUGGGAUGCGAUGUCAUGUAUAAAAAUUAAACUAGUUCAACCAUUGAUCUUAUCA